GGGAGCAUGGACCAGACCCCGCCGCGCGCGCACCAUGACGCUCGCCUGCUUCGCGCUGUCUCUGCUCCUAGGGGCGCUCCCCGGAGGGGCCGGCUCGGACCCGGUCCUUAGCUACCCCCUCCGCCUCCGUCCCCGCCACCCGCCCCCUCCGGGUCCCCGGUACCUCUCCCACGUCCCCAGCGGGCAGCGGCCGCCCAGGACGCCCCCGCCGCCCCCGUCCCUGGCCGCGCUGGCCGCCCAGCGCCUCCCGCACGCGACCCCCGCGCCGCACACGUGGGGGCCGCACCCCCAGGGCUGCCCGGACGGCGAGCCCCGGCUCAACCACACGGACUCGGGCGCCCCGUGCCUGCGCUGGGCAGAGGUGCCCCCCUUCCUCGAGAGGUCGCCCCCGGCGGGCUGGGCACAGCUGCGAGGACAGCGGCACAACUUCUGCCAGAGCCCCGACGGCGCGGACCGCCCCUGGUGCUUCUACGCGAACGCUCGCGGCAAGGUGGACUGGGGCUACUGCCACUGCGGACGCGGCCCAGCCAUUCCUGUCAUCCGUCUCGCUGGUGGGAGCAGUGCGCAUGAAGGCCGGGUGGAGCUGUACCAUGCUGGUCACUGGGGCACCGUGUGUGAUGACCAGUGGGACGACGCAGAUGCGGAGGUGGUCUGCAGGCAGCUGGGCCUCAGUGGCAUUGCCAAAGCCUGGAGCCAGGCAUAUUUUGGGGAAGGAUCUGGCCCUGUCCUGCUGGAUGAAGUUCGCUGCACUGGGAAUGAGCUUUCUAUUGAACAGUGCCCAAAGAGUUCCUGGGGAGAGCACAACUGUGGCCAUAAAGAAGAUGCUGGAGUCUCCUGCACCCCUCUAACAGAUGGGGUCAUCAGACUAGCAGGUGCAAAAAACAGCCAUGAGGGUCUCCUGGAGGUAUAUUACAGGGGCCAGUGGGGGACUGUCUGUGAUGAUGGCUGGACUGAACUGAAUACAUAUGUGGUUUGCCGACAGCUGGGAUUUAAAUAUGGCAAGCAAGCCUCUGCAAACCACUUUCAAGAAAGCACAGGACCAAUAUGGUUGGAUGAUGUCAGCUGCUCCGGAAAGGAAACCAGCUUCCUUCAGUGCACCAAGAAACCGUGGGGAAGGCAUGACUGCAGCCAUCGGGAAGAUGUUGGUAUCACCUGCUUCCCUGGCAGUGAUGGACAUCGGCUCUCAUUGGGAUUUCCAAUCAGACUGAUGGAUGGAGAAAAUAAGAAAGAAGGCCGAGUGGAGGUGUUUAUCAAUGGCCAGUGGGGAACAAUCUGUGAUGAUGGCUGGACUGAUAAAGAUGCAGCUGUCAUCUGUCGGCAGCUUGGUUACAAGGGACCUGCCAAAGCAAGAACUAUGGCUUAUUUUGGGGAAGGAAAGGGACCCAUCCAUGUGGAUAAUGUAAAGUGCACAGGAAAUGAGAGGUCCCUGGCUGACUGCAUCAAACAAGAUAUUGGAAGGCACAACUGCCGUCACAGUGAAGAUGCAGGAGUUAUUUGUGAUUAUUUUGGCAAGAAAGCAUCGGGUAGCAUUAGUAAAGACUCCCUCUCUUCUGUUUGUGGCCUGAGGUUACUACAUCGUCGGCAGAAGCGGAUCAUUGGUGGGAAAAAUUCCUUAAGGGGCGGUUGGCCUUGGCAGGUGUCCCUCCGGCUAAAGUCCACACAUGGUGACGGCAGGCUUCUCUGUGGGGCCACGCUCCUGAGUAGCUGCUGGGUCCUUACGGCCGCUCACUGCUUCAAGAGGUACGGGAACAGCACCAGGAACUACGUUGUUCGAGUUGGGGAUUAUCAUACUCUGGUGCCGGAGGAGUUUGAAGAAGAAAUCGGAGUUGAGCAGAUCAUGAUUCACCGAGCCUAUCGACCGAACAGCAGUGACUAUGACAUCGCCCUGGUUAGGUUACAGGGGCCGCAAGAGCAGUGUGCCAGGUUCAGCAGCCACGUCUUACCUGCCUGUUUGCCACUCCGCAGGGAGCGACCACAGAAAACUGCCUCCAAUUGUUACAUAACAGGAUGGGGUGACACAGGACGAGCCUAUUCAAGAACACUCCAGCAAGCAGCCAUCCCUUUACUUCCCAAGAGGUUUUGCCAAGAACGUUAUAAAGGCCGGUUCACAGGAAGGAUGCUGUGUGCUGGAAACCUCCAGGAACACAGCCGUGUGGACAGCUGCCAAGGAGACAGCGGAGGGCCACUCAUGUGCGAGAGGCCUGACCAGAGCUGGGUUGUAUAUGGGGUGACCUCCUGGGGAUAUGGCUGUGGUGCCAAAGACUCACCAGGUGUUUAUACCAAAGUCUCAGCAUUUGUACCUUGGAUAAAAAGUGUCACCCAGUUGUAACCCAUGGAAAUCUUCAACCCCUUGACAUUCAGGAUGAGGAUCAGAGACGUCCUGCAUUGUGUAAGAAUUGUGUACUUCCGUUGCUUGGGAAUGUGAUGUGAACACUUUUGGUUCCAGAUACCUCACUGUAAUACUAGUUCAUCUUUUAUUAGUUUCAUAGAAUAGGUAGAGCUGCUUUUCGUUGAAGACCACUUUAAUCAAGUAUUUUAGAUAAUCUGCUAAGUAAGUCAUUCGCCCAUCACAUAAUGGGAGCCUAAGAAAAAGUUCAUGCAAAAUUUGGAAUUCAGGCUGUUCUGCAUCUUAACUCACCCUGUUCCCCUCGGUAUUCUGUGCUCAUCUUUAGUCAACUGUUUGGCAGAGUAACUUUUCUCAGUAUUCUCCCCAUGAUUUUAACAACUCACACUCCCAUGCCAUCUGUUAGGUAAUGAGGCUUGGUUUCAUUGUUUGAUUGGGUUAUACAGGGCCCACCCACUAAGGCACAUUCAUGUUUCACCUAGUCCAGGGGAGCUCCAGCAGCAGCGCAAUGUCUAGCAUGUGACCCCCAGGCACCCCCCAGACUUGAAGGCUCGACAAGGCAAUUAUGUGCUAGGCAUUAGAUGGGCCUGUACCUUGGUAUCAACAGAACAGUGAUAGUAGCCCUAGCCUUAGGUCAAAGUUGAAUCUUUAUAAAACUUCCAGUGCUAGUAACGGUACUGCCCACUGUCACUCAUCAAUUUCCCCCUUCCCCAAAGCUACUAGAUAUUCUCCCAGGACAUUUUUGGUAGUAAAGCAUUCCUUGCCCAAAUAUAAGACAUCUGAACUAAUUUGCCAUCCUCUUACAAGUUUAAGACAGUAUGCAGGAGUAUUUCUCACUUCCCUCAUUCUGCAAUCAUUUUAAUAAAUCUUCACCUUUCUUAAAAAAAAA